GUAAAAGAUCAUAAAGAUGGCAGCCCAGAUGUUCAAAUUUUUUUCUGGUAUUUUUUGUUAUUGAACAAGUAAACUUAUAAAUGUCCAGCAAUUCAUUGAAUGGUUGGUCAACACCCAAGAAGAUGGAUGAAGUUGAAUUUGUUCCAUUGACUCCACAAGAUGCUACAGGCUUCCACAAGUAUUCCAAUGAUACACAUGAAAAUUUAGCCACUCCAUUUACUGCAAAGAAAUUAUCGUCACCAAGAUCUCAGAAGCGUAUCUUUCAAUCCUGUCCUAGUAUCUCUGAGAAAGUUGAAAUAAUUCAUCAGCAAACUGAUGACAUGGUACAGAAAGUGAUACAUAAUACCAACAAAACUGUGGGUUAUGUAUCGCCAUACAAAGCCACAAAGAAGAUUUUAACACCCUGUGAAAAGUUGCUUGAUAAAACAACAGAUAGAAAGGAUUAUGGUAGCAGUCAAAGUGGUUUAAGUAUACAAUCCUACACUAAAAGGAUGUCUCCAUCACAAGCCGCUCAAUGUCAAGAUUUAUUUUCUGCGAAAGAUGAAAUCAUUGAGCAAAAAGAUAUUAUUAUGCAAAAGCAAAAAAUGAUAAUCACUCAACUGCGUCAAACAAAUAUAGAACUGGAAGAGCUACUUGUUCAAAAAGAACAUCAAAUUCAAUCAAACAGCAAUGAAAAGUUUACGCUUCAUUUACAAGAAUACCAAUAUCAAGUUUCACACUUAAAACAACAACUAGUGGAAGCUAAAUCAGUAAAACAAGCUGAAGUUGAAAAGUUGCAAAGAAAGCUUGGUGAAAGAGAAUAUGAACUUGGUAAACUUGGAAUAAAGUUAAAAGAAAUGGAAAUAAAUAAUUCAUCUGAUGUUACAGUUAUAAAAAAAGAGUUAGAUGAAAAAGUUCAAGAACUUAAACUGGAACAAGCAAAGACAGACAAACUUUUGCAAGAUUUUAAAGUUACCAAACAAGAAAACGCUAAAUUACAAUCUUACCUUGAAGAACUACCUACUGCCGAAGAGUUUAAAAAAUUACGGAAAGAGGUUAAAAAUUGUCAUCAGGAAAAAGAAGACAUACAAGAGAAAAAAGAAGUUGUACAUAAAAGAUAUAAAGAGAUUAAAACUGAAUACCAAAACAAAGAUAUAGAAUGUAAGAAGCUACAGAGGUUAAAUACAGAACUUCAUGAUCAAAUUUCCAGUCUUAGUAAUAUUCUCGGAAAGUAUCGUGCCCGUGAUAAACUUGGUCCUGUUGCGAUUGAAGAUCAUGAAAAACUAAAGCAAGAGAAUGAUAUUUUAAAAAAGGAAAGGGAAGAUUUAAAGCAUUCACUGGAAAAGCGUCACAAAAAAAUGAAUCGACUGCAUUAUGAAUUUCUAAGUAAACAAAAAUUGUUUGAUGAAGAUAAGUUGCAACAGAAGGAAACUUUAUCUUUGUUAAAAGAAGAAUUGCAAGAAAAAAGCGUUACUAUUUCAAAGCUUUCUGCAAGGUCUCAAGAAUUGCUGGAAAAUAACCUUGACUUACAACAAGAUCUCAUUAAGUAUAAAGAAACAUAUACAGAAGAAUAUCAAGUAAAGCUGAAGUCAUUAUUUGAAGAGAUAUCUCAUUGUUCUGAUGAUGUUGGGUCAUUUGUUACGUUAUGUGCUUCUAGAAUGAAAGGAAAUGACCCUAGUUUAAAUGCAUUACUUGGUUUACAAGAUUCACCGGACAAAAGUAGUGCUCCUCUACCAGGCGAAUGCGAAACAACAGAUUUAGAAGCAGUAAAAUUAAAACUUGAAUUAUUAGGUGGUAUACGAAGCCAUAUCGAGGAGUUACGACAGAUGCUCUCAGAACAAUAUGCACAAGAAAUUGGUGAUAACAUGUGUGUCACUCAAUAGAAAAUCGUAUUUGAUUUUCUUACAAAGCUCCAGUUUCUUCUUAGAAUUUGUCUUUUCUGUUGGUCAUAGGUUAGACAUAGAGUAGUUAGAUUUUUUUAUCUGUCAUAUUUUUUUACAUUUUUGUUUGUGGAAAACAAAGUUCUGUUUUUAUGUUAAUUUGUGUUUGGAGUAUUAUGAGAGGAUCAAUGAGGUGGUGUGUAGUAAUGCAUAGACAUUUAAUUGUUAAUCUGUUCGUAACAGUAGGAUGGGGUUGUAAUUCUUUAUGUUACCUUUGAAUUACGUUAUUUUGAUAAGAGUUUUGUAUUGCAUUUUUCAGUAAAAACGGAGAUAAAGAAUUUUACAAAAGAGUUUGAAACAUGGGAGCAUUAAAUAUUACUUCAUUUUUAGUCUACGUUAUUUAUAAAUCAGCAAUUUCUUUAUUUAGGCUUGCGUUCGAUUUUUUGGUAUUGGAUGUAUGAUGUAUAUAUGUGUAUGUCAAGAGUUUUGUUAUGAGAUUUGUAGAUAUCAUUAAUUUAUUAUUUAAAUUAAUUUAUUUUUAAAAGUUUUGUUGAAGCCAUAGAAUAGAUGGAAUGAUAGGAAUUCUUGUUUAAUUUUACCACUGGAUAGUAAAGUGUUUUUGGUGAAUUAUGAAGCUGACUUUAAUCUUCAAUCUAUUAGAUAUUUCUUUGAGACAUGCAUGUGCCAUAACUUUUCGUCAGUUUUGUAUCCGAUGUCGCUUUUGCGUAACUGGUGUGAAGACCUGAAAUUUUAAUCGCUUGUAGAAUAUAAUUUAAUUCAGUAAAAUAGACCUUAUGUGCUUAAGUAUCUUGCUGUAACAAAGCUAAGUGAAUGAUUCACAGGUUUCACUGCUAUUUACGAGGUCAUUCCCCGUACAAUAUAAUCAUGUGUUCUAGAUAAAGUCAUACUUCUUGUUAUAAUGUUAUAAACCUCCAAGAAAUGGAAAUGCGGAAAAAGGUUUUCCAAUUGCAAUUAGCAAUGCUUUUUUUCUUCCAUUCUUGUUUUUCUAAGUGAUUAACUAUAAUUCUUGUGGAGGCCGACGACCAGCAAAUAAUUAUAAAAUAUGGCCUAAGUUAGUUACAAUCAGUGUUACAUGGUUAAAAUGCAUGUAACACUGGAAUCACUUGAAGGUUUAAUUGAAGUUAAUAAUGUGUUUUAUUUGUGUUUGUUAGUGUAUAAAGCAAGAUGAAGUUUUGCGAAACGUCAUCAAAUAUAAAAUACAAGUGGGAUCACUUAUGUUCGAUGUUUUACAAGCGAUAUCCUAACCCUUACAGUAAACACGUACUGUCAGAAGACGUUCUUUCAAGGCACGUUGAAAAUAACAUUUUAAAAACGAUUCGAAUAUAUUCAAAAACCAACGAGACACCUUCCUGGUUGCAAAGAAUUUUACCUACAGCAACUGCGUACAUUCUGGAAGAAUCGCAUGUUGAUAUUGAAACAAAGACCAUUGUUACCUAUACGAAGAAUUUAACCCUAACGACUUUUUUAAAGGUGGAAGAAAAAUCUAUUUUUAAAAUAUCCAAUGAUAAUAAGGACUGGACGUCAGUUAGGAGACAAUCUUGGAUUAGCAGUAGUUUUUAUGGACUGUGCCAUGCGUUUGAAUCGUUUGGUGCUAAGCGAUAUAUUUCUAACAUUCAAAGAAUGGAUAAUGGUUUUGAAAGUGUACUACAGAAAAACAAUCAUUACUCAACAGGACAAUCAACUUUUCCAUUACCAAUAUCUAGUAAUAUGUAAAAUAUUGUUAUAUUGAAGAAUUGUUUCUAUGUA